AUGCCCAAGGUAGUGAACAGGAAGUACAGAUUGAUGAGGAUCUACCCAACGAUAUCCGAUGGGAAGCAAGUCGUUUUGAAGUACAGUACACUGGCGAUGGACCGCUUGGAAACAUACGCCCUCCUCGGAAACUGCAUAUCUAUUGGUAACACAACAGUCUGCCGAGAAAAGGAUCUGUUCAAAUUGGAGGAGGACAGUUGCAUACCUAGACUGUUGAAAGGAGGACAAGCGGAAUGCGAUUAUCUAAGGACCAACCAGGAAACGGUAGAUCUGAUCGAUGACGGCACACUCUUUUUAACCAACUUUAAUGGAACCAUAUCCACACCAGCCAAGAAUUACCAACUAGAGGGCUCGUACGUCAUACAAUUCGACAACGAAACGAUCACAAUCGGUGACCGGAAUUACAGCAGCUACUCAUCAACACACCUUAUGGCAAUGCCCGCCGUGCUAACACAGGUGAAGACAACGGGUUAUGUGCUAUCAUUAAAAUAUGUCCAUGAAUUCAGCAUGGAGAACCUGAAGAAGUUAUCAGUCAUGUCCGAUGAGAUUUUGAUAUCCUUCUCAGUGGAAAUAGUCAUAGCUCUCUCCAUAAUGACAACGGUGUACCUCGUUUGGAAGAAGAUAACGUCGACCAAAGAAAUCCCUAAACUGCGGGACCUACAAACCUGGAAGCGCAGGAUACCCUAG